GUUCCUUCAAACGUCAAAAGCCAAACCUAAACAAUCGGUGAGUCAGAGUUCAGAGUCAAUAAUUGAUUGUUUAUUGUGUGAAAGUAGUUUACUCUUGCCUGAAUCAAAUUAUAUACAGUGUUAAAGUGACCGCUAUUGGAGCGUGAAUUAUUAAGCGUUCAAUCACAGUUUUUUAGUUCAAAAACAUGGCCAAAAAACCGGUAGUACAACCAGCUUUACACAAAGUUAUAAUGGUUGGUAGUGGAGGUGUAGGAAAGUCAGCUCUAACUCUUCAGUUCAUGUAUGAUGAGUUUGUGGAAGACUAUGAGCCAACAAAAGCAGAUUCAUAUAGGAAAAAAAUACUUCUUGAUGGUGAGGAUGUUCAAAUUGACAUCUUAGAUACUGCUGGUCAAGAAGACUAUGCAGCAAUUAGAGAUAAUUAUUUCAGAAGUGGGGAAGGAUUUCUGUGUAUAUUUUCCAUAACAGAAGAUGAAAGUUUUCAAGCCACCCAAGAAUUCAGGGAACAAAUACUUAGGGUAAAAAAUGAUGAGAACAUUCCCUUUUUAUUAGUAGGCAAUAAAAGUGAUUUAGAUGAGAGAAGAAAAGUUUCCUUUCAAGAAGCAAGUGAUCGGGCAAAACAAUGGGGUGUUCCGUAUGUGGAAACUUCUGCAAAGACUAGGGAACACGUCGAUAAGGUGUUUUACGAUCUUAUGAGAGAAAUUCGCGCAAGAAAAAGCGAGGAAAAUAAAACAAAUAAUGGGAAAGGGAAAGACAAAAAUAAGAAGAAGAAGCGUUUGUGUAAAAUACUUUAAUUAUGUAUAAAUGUUCCGCUUGUUUAUUCGCUUUAUGUGUAAGUUAUACAAAAUGGGAAGCCCAAAUCCCUGAUGAUUUCCAAAUUUGGUUCAAAACGUGUUUCAGUUUCAGUGUUUCUUUUCUAAAAUAUUUUUUUUUUAUCAUGUUAGGUUAAGGCGAAAACUAUGCUUGUAUGUGUUAUUCGUUAGAAGGUGCUUGUUAGUGUUGAAAUUACCAAAAUGUCUGUAAAAUAUUGAUCUUGAGAUAGUUUCAUAAUAUUGUUUCACCUUAAUUUCACCUUAUAUAGUUAAUUUUGCAAUAUAAUUUUAAAAAAUACUC